CCUCCAUUUUGUAAUUUGUAUUGCGAUUGUGAAACGGAAAAACGAAGCGCCUUUUUUCGGUCUCUUUGGUCUGUGUUGGCGUCGGUCUUAUAACCUCUAAUUUUAUUAAACUUUGCUUAUAGGAAUUUAAUGGUCAAAAAUAAUUUAUAAGAAAUAUUAUAUCUUCAUUAGUGUCUACAGAGUGAAGUACAGUUAAUCUAAAUACACGUUGCAAUGGAUGGACCACCAAAUCGUGGAUUCCGCGGUGGCGGUCGUGGCGGUCCCCGCGGCAGAGGUGGAUUUGAAAUGCGUGGACGGGGUGGCGGACCUGGUAUGCGAGGUCGUGGAGGCGGAGGAAUGCCUCCGAGAGGAGGUGGGCCUCCUCGUGGAGGACCACGUGGUUUCCGCGGAGGACCCAUGCGUGGCAGUGGUGCUGAAAGAGGCGGCAGAUUCCCUCCGGGUCCACAGGGACCGGGCCCUCAUCCUGUUCCUACUAUUGAAUCUCGAGGCCCCCCACAAAGAGGAGGGUUUAACAACAACAGAGGAGGAGCACCUGGUGGUAUGAGAGGCAGAGGUGGCAGAGGAAGAGGAGAUUUUGGACCUCGUAAUGAUAGAGGAGGCCGCGGAGGAAUGCCAAUGAGAGGUCGAGGUGGUAGAGGCGGAGGGCCGACAGCCGGUCCCCCAGGAGGGCCGCCAGCUCCCGCCAUAGGACCGAACGCGCCGCCAAGGCCUGCGCCUGUGCCACAUCAAGCAGGAGCCCCUUCAGGCCCACAAGGAGCACCCUUCAAGAGAGGAGGGGGACCACACAGUGGCCCCGGAGGGCCACCAAAACGUGGAAGGUUUGAGGGACCACGAGGCGGGCGACCUGCCAGCUAUCAGCCUCCCGCACACAACACUCCACCUGCCAAUGGAUAUGGACCACCUUCGCAUACAGGGUAUCAGCCGUACGAACAACCACCUGCUGAGUCAUACCCACAACAGUCAUACACAUCAAGUUCAUAUCAGAGCAACUACUCACAACCUGCAGCACCGGCUACAGGAUACAAUUCAAACUACGGCUCUAACUAUGGCUACUCCAGUGGUAGCGGCCAAGGUUAUGAAAAUGAGAGCUAUGGGGGCGCCGCCGGGGACGCGGGCUACGGCGCGGCCGAGCCGGCGUACGGCGCCGCGCCCGCCUACGACUCGUACGCUCAGCCCGCCUACAACUCCUACCAGCAACCGCAACCGCAGUACAACAAUUAUGGUCGCCAACAACGCUCACGAUACAACUAGAGACAAGAAUUGGGUCAAUAGAUCUCAGGCUUUGACAACAACUAGUAACUAAGUACUAGUUGUAUACUAUGAUAGAUCUGAAUGUUAUUAAUUAAUUUGGCUUAAAGUAGCAAUCAAAUUAUUUCAUACAAUAAAUUUACCUAUGAAUUGAAUAUGAACAAUAAUAAAUUUAUAUUAUUUAAGUCGAAAAACAUCCAGAUCUGAACACAAUAAAAAUGCAAAAUGAGCGAAAUGAAAAAAAAUCAAGAUACUUGUAAUUAGUAAAAAGAAACAACAUAAAAUUAUCAUAAAUUAUUAUUUAUUAUGUUUGUGAUGAAAACUUGGAAAAAUAAGUUUUGUAUAUUGCAUAAUAUAGAUAUAAGACUUACAUGUAUCAUGUAGAAUUGACAAAAAUACACUAACUGUGCAAUACUAUAAACGGUUUUACAAUUUAAUAGAAAGAUUAAGUGCCAGUUAACAUAUCUGGUUUAAGGUGUGUGGUGGUUGAAGGGCAAGAAAAGUAUUACACAAUAUAUUUAUAUAUCAAGUGAUAUAUGUACUGCAAUAAAAAGUUUUCCAAUCAUUAAAGAAGUACAAUUUUAGUAGGUAUUUAUUAGAGUUGUUUCACGGUUAGCAGUGAAAAUUUAUAUUAAUAUUGAAAAAAACUUAGAGAUAAUAUUAGUAUAGCAUUCCAAGUCACAAAACUAGCAGUAUUAUGUGUAUUUACUUAGUAUAAGAUGUUAGAUAAUUAGCAAAAGAAGCUAAGGACUAAUAAUGCGCCAUAAGAUGGUUACCCUUGUUCAGGAAACAAACAAACCCAUGUUGAGAUUCAAUCUUCUGACUUGGGUAAAAUAACAAAGCGUUAUAAGUUGGCUCUACGGUUCUAUAUACAUUUUAUCCCUUCUUUAAAUGAACUUAAAAUAGCUAUGGAGUUAAACUAACUAAGAAGCCUAAAGACCUUGGCCUCUCUAGAACUGCAGCAAGUUCUAUAUUAGAACGGGUGUCUGAAGCUGCUCUAAUAGGAUCUUACCAAAUUUGGCUAGACAGAACAACACGAGCGGAGGAGGGGAGUGUUAAUCGAUUGUCAAGGAAUUCCUUAACCCUACAUCCAGCAUACAAGUUCUGGACUUUGCUCGGAGUUUUUCUCCCUACCAAGCGAUGGACCGGCACCCGCACGGUGAAUCCAUGGAUUGCUAAGAUAUUUGUCUCAAAUUUAGGUACAUAGUUGUAUCAAGUAAUAAAAAAUAUCACAUAUUAUUUAUUAACAGCGUAUAGCUGAACCAACUCAGUUUGCGUCUGUGCAUAAAAUAAAGCAAAGCAUCAAUAUUUGUGUAAUUGUUUGUAUUACAGGCAGUUGGUGAUCUCUUUGAGUCGUAAGAAAAAGUAACAACAUCUGUACACCACACCCUCAUUAUAGAUAGCUGGAUGAAUA